ACUUUCGUCAAGUAGCGUUUUAAAUUUGCUUCUCAUAUUUGUCCAUUUAUGGGUAACAUCACUUGCUAGCGCGAUGCUUUCGGUACAAAUUGAUCGAAAUCCAUAAUUCCCGUAAAGAACAAGGAGCUUCCCACUGAUGGCAUUUGUUCACCAACUUCGGCUAUUACUUUGGAAAAAUGGCCUUAGUGUCAUCAGACAACCGCGAUGGUCUGUGGCACUUCUGGUCUGGCCGCUGGUCAUCUUUAUCAUACUUGCCAUCACCCGAUCUCAGUUCCCUCCUAAGCUGAGAGACUCAUGUUAUGUGGCUCCGCGGAAUCUUCCCAGCACUGGCUUCUUCCCUUUCCUACAGACUCUCAUGUGCAACACAGACGGCAACUGCCAUAACAAGUCCUUUCUGGUGGGCCGGAGCACCUCUAAAUCCAAAGCAGCUUCGUUUGGGGCCAAAGAUGCCAAGAGGUUGUACCUCCUUCCCUCAGGCCCACCCUUACUGAGCAGCCUCCAAACAGGUGGCAUGGUCCGCUCAGUCCUGGCCAAGAGUACAGCCAGCCAACCAAGUGUCAUGGGUAUCUGGGACCAGAUUCUGAAUUCCACCCUAAAAGGCAUACCAAACAACAUAUCACUAAUGAAUGGCUUCAAUACCACAGUGCUGGGGAACCAGGAAGCUCUCAAUUCCAUGCUGGAGUCUGUGAGUAUGUUGAAGAAGUCCCUGUGCAGCUUCUCUCUGAGUGUCCUCAACAUGUCCACCCUCUCCUCCAUCCACCCUCUCACCUACGGCAUCAUCACCUUUUGCAAGUCAAAUGACACACUACUGGAGGUCUCCCUGCUCACCAUCAACCAGAUUCUCAUGGAGGUGAUGCUGACCAACCCUGCAGAGGCCAUGACAAUGGCGGGGCAGGCAGUGGUGGUGUUUGACACGAUCCAGAAAGACAGCUCCCUGUGGGAGGGGCUUCUGGGCCUGCCCAGCCUCCUGGUACCAAGCAGUGUUGACCAGGCCCUGGACGAGGCCCAGGCUCUUCUCACCAACAUACAGAGAACUAUGGCCGCUCUUCAGAGCAAUAUUCCUGAAGCUGAUCCAUCCAUCUCUGUGGUGAACCCUGCCAUCAUGGGGGGAAUCAACCUAGUUCAGUACCUUCGCAACUGGCCAGGCAGAGAUGUGUAUAUCUCUCUCGGUGAUGUUGUCACUGCACAGAAUGACUCAUCCUUAAUGAAUGAAGUUGUCCAACAAGUUCUACAGAAAGUUCAGAUCCCUUUAGACAAGGCCAUAGGGCUGAUCAUGAACAGAUCUCUGGUUCACUCUUAUGUAUGUGACCAGAGCAGCAAUGCCUACUGGCUGCAGGCUGCCUGCAGCACAGGCACAGUGGAUACACUUCUUAGCUGGAUCAGUCCAAAAAAAGUGGCUGAACAGGUCUUCUUGGCCUGGUCUCAGGAUGCAGCCUCCAAGGACGUGGUCUUCUUCAAAGGACUACUGCAUAGCCUUUUGGGAGUGUACGCCCAAGGAAACCAGGGAUCCGCUGACAACACCAGGUCCCAGAGGAGUAGUGACACGCAGCCACAGAACGUUGGGGAACAACUGUUCAUGGGUGUAGGCUCAACUCUGCUUGAGCUUCUGAAAGACCUUCCAGGCUCGCAGUAUAUCCACAGCUUCCUUAUGGGCGGACACACCUCCAUGCAGCUGGCCAGUCAGGCCAUGGACACCACAGAGAAAAUGAUGGAUAAGUUGUCGGCCGAAGCCCAAAACUUACAAAAGAUCUUCUUGUCUCUGAUGGCCAACCAGUCUAUGGCAGACCUCUAUGCUGAGAAGCUCAUAAACUCCAGCACUGAGAUAUUGAUAAGGGUUCUGGUGAAACAGGACACCGUCAAGUGUGAGGAGCUUCUCAAACCACUGACUACCAUAAGCACCAUGGACCCAAGGCUUUGGGUGACCAUGAUUUGCCCAGGCAAUGACUCCCACCUACAACAGUACCUGCUGGCCGAGUGGAUGCCUGUUAUUUUGAAGGCGACACUCUUCGUGGAUGUGGUCCAAGGCAAAGAAUCAUUCAACGUCACUUUACCCAUGAUUCUCUCUGAGUGGCACAGGCUAUCAGCCACCUCGCUACGCUUCGGUGCGUUCCUGGAGAGAUUCUUCACAGGGUUCUAUAAGGACUAUUUUGAGGCCUGGGUUCCAGAGAACGUAACUGUCGACUGGCAAGAAAUUAUCAUGACAAGGGGUCUAGGGGCAUUGGGGACAAUGGGGUCUGAACUCCAAAUGACCACGAUGUGGCCCUCCAUAGAGACAUACUUUCACAUUGCGUACUGGAUAAUGACAUACCAACCCAAUAUAACUGGACCUCCAACCUGUACUCUUGAUCUUGAGACAUUCGUGCCCGCAUGUCAGACUGGUUUCACCUGGGAGAACUUCAUUCCUACCACAGCACUUCUGCUUCAGGAUUUUCCAGGCAAUCCUGCAGCCUUACUUAGAUAUGUGCAAGGGUCAUUGGCUUUUGUUCAAGGAAUCUACAGAGACUUCUAUACAGCCACCCUCAUGAAGUAUCUCAGCUCCCCAGCUGUAAUACCAGGAGACGGCUCUAUCUCCAGCUUCCUGGUCAAUGUGACACAUGCUCUGGACAAGAACAUCCAUCUUAUUUCCAACUUGAUGAGCAUGGAGCAGUUCAAUCCCAAGCUCUCCCUCUUUCUCCUCAACAACUUGCUUGAUGCUCUGGGAUUGAGGCCUUUGGAGGCUUUGUGGACGCAGGGUCCCCCUAACGCCUCCUCUGUCCUAACCAUAGCCCUGGAAGUGGGCUGGAACACCCAAAAACUCUUCACCGGCCUGCCAGUCUGUAACUCACAAGCUGAGUUGGAGGACUUGCUCAUGCAGUUCUUGUCCAUGAACAUGAACCUCACAUUGCCUCUGUCCCUUAGCCUUGGAGACGGCCUGCUCACCUACACAAGCUCUCUAAACUCUACAGACCUGGCCUUUCUUAGGGAGAUCCUCAAGUCUCUCACCAAUCACACAUCAGCAGGCAUCACCGACACAGUCCUACAGGCUUUGGAACUCUUGAAACAGGUGCUCGAAGCCCCCAACAAUGACCCAACAGCGCUGAUCCUGGGCUACCUUCACCAGCUACAGGGGUUCCUGGCUUCUGCCAUCGAGUUACUCAGGUACGAUCAGCUACUGCUGCCUGGAGGGAACCUGACUAUGGCCCAGGUCACUGAUCUCCAUCUGGCUGUAGUGGACCUUCUCCAGAUCCUCUCUCCCGCCUCCCUCCAGGCCCUCAGCCAGGCAGGAGAGCAGGCAGCCCUGGGUGCAGUUAUGCAACAGUUUGGAGCCCUCCUACCUCCUGAGCUCCAGCAGCGCUUCAUGGGCCUGAUCAAACACACUCAGGCCCUGGUGGAGAGCUUAACAGCCUGUUCAGUGACAGGGCAAGACUGCACAUCUGCUGUUUCCCAGGUCUUCCAGAUCCUCUCUCAGGCUGCUGAAGCAAUGUUAUCGACUAGCGGAAACAUCACUAUCCAGCUGGGGCCAGUUAAUCCUAACCUGGUGACCGCAGAGUCCUUCUCUGUGACGGGCAGCCUUCUGUCUCUGCUCCUGUCCUGGACAGAUGAGACCAACAUGUCCUACUCUCCAGAGGCCCUUAUGAAGUCUGUGAAUCAGAUCCUUAAUUUCCUCCAGCAGGUCACCAGUCAGCCCAACAUCAGCAUAUCUGCUCUCCAGGAGGCUCUCAGACAAUCGAACCUCACCCUAUGGCAACUGGAUAGAAUUGCCACAUUGGCUGGAGCGGCAAACAUUCCCGACCUCCUGGCUAACAUCUUGGGCAUUGCCAGUGUUCCUCAGUGCCUGGAGCUCCAACCUAUGAACAUAACAGCCAACAUGGGUGUGGCUGACACCAGUCCAGCUAAGUGUGCAUUGGAGCUGAUUGAUGGAGUCAGUGGCUUCAUCCAGCACCUGCCCAUGCCUCCAGGCAGCCAGUCAAAUUACACCGCACUCGUCGCUGUUAUCCCAAUCCUGGUCAACCAGUCUGUUAGCAUCGGCUUAGCAUCUGCUUCUGGUUCAGGCUCACCUACAUCUAUCAUGCAGGCCCUAACCAGCACCCUGGCAGGCAUUAGAGAGAACAUCAAACCCCUCUCCCUCGAGUCCAUCCAGCAAGUGAGCAAUGAGCUUAGUAUAGUGGAGGGUCUACUCUACUUGGCCUCUUCGGGACAAUAUCCUCUCCAUACACUGAACUCCACUCUGCUGGAGGAAUCGUUAUAUGCCCAGAAGGUGUAUUUGGAGAUCGCCCAGUGGUACUUGAGGAAGUUGGAAAAUGUGACAAGCACCAGCAAUUUUUCCGAGCUCCUUCACCCUUUCUACUACAUUACCGAGAUGCAGCUGGCCCUGCAGAUCUCUCAAACGGAGUUUUCCCUUUUUGUCAGCAAUCAGGUUGAAGACCUAAUCAAAAACACCCACAAUCCCAUAGAUGGCACAGAGGUUAGCAAUAUAGGGCAGGCAGUUGCCAAUAUACUCCAAGUUUGCAUGGAACAGGUGAGGCAAAACCUUCAGCUCCAGAAUGACUAUUACCAGGGCAUGGAGUACCCACCAGAUUUGAACUCAUCCAUGCUGAACAUGGUUGACACCUUGGUCCAGAAGUACCUUAACAUAACACUUCAUUGGCUGAGAGACCCCCACGUGACCUCUGUCAUCACCAGCAUGCUCCAAUGGAACAACAGCUCCAUGAGCAUCACUGUCCCAGGCCAAGACCUCUUCAAGCUGCUUCAGACAAUAGCGCCUCUUCUAACACCCGAUGAACAGGCCUACCUUGUCCUCAUCGACCAGAUCACCCAGUCCCUGAACCAGGUGCUAUUGGUGGCCAGCCAACCAGGCGGCUUGGAGAGUGAUCUCUUCAUUGGAGCCAUAUUGAAUGCAGCCAGGACUGUGCUGAGUAACUUGACUGCCAUGACUGGCCCCCUGCCUCCCUCAGUCAGUGACAACAUCAUGGGAGUACUUCACAGUUCACUCCUCCUGGCCCUAAGACCUCAGAUGGCCUAUGCCCAGGCCCGUAACCUCACCCUGGACAUCUUGUGGAGAGGAGAAGGACUCAUCCAGGACCUGAUCCCAAUGGCUGCUGAAUACCUUCUGCCUGGAAUCAAACUCAUGCGCACAUACUUUCAGAUCAUCUCCACAGCUGGUGGCCCAGACAAAUUGAAUGAGAUCAUUCUGGGUGAGCUGAGCACAGUUCAGAGUCUCUUGCCCCCUGACAACAGUACACAAGCCUAUAUGUCUGUAAUCAUGAGCAUCAGUCACUUCAUCUUGGACCCCAGCCAAGGCAACACAGGCCUGUGGCUGAGCUUUGAAAACAUCACUGUUGAAAACGUUGCUCAAAUUACUAAUCAGAUGGGAAGUCUUCUAAACUCUCUGCUGCCACUCAUCAUCGGGGAACAAGGCAUGAAUUUAACCCUUCUCACACCCAGUGAGAAGGUCUACUUUGUGCUCAUCGACCAGAUCACCCAGUCCCUGAACCAGGUUCUGUUGGUGGCCAGCCAACCAGGCGGCUUGGAGAGUGAUCUCUUCAUUGGAGCCAUAUUGGAUGCAGCCAGGACUGUGCUGAGUAACUUGACUGCCAUGACUGGUCCCCUGCCUCCCUCGGUCAGUGACAACAUCAUGGGAGUACUUCACAGUUCACUCCUCCUGGCCCUAAGACCUGAGAUGGCCUAUUCCCAGGCCCGUAACCUCACCCUGGACAUCUUGUGGAGAGGAGAAGGACUCAUCCAGGACCUGAUCCCAAUGGCUGCUGAAUACCUUCUGCCUGGAAUCAAACUCAUGCGCACAUACUUUCAGAUCAUCUCCACAGCUGGUGGCCCAGACAAAUGGAAUGAGAUCAUUCUGGGUGAGCUGAGCACAGUACAGAAUCUCUUGCCCCCUGACAACAGUACACAAGCCUAUAUGUCUGUGAUCAUGAGCAUCAGUCACUUCAUCUUGGACCCCAGCCAAGGCAACACAAUCCUGUGGCCAAGCUUUGAAAACAUCACUGUUGAAAACAUCACUGUUGACGAUAUUUCUCAAAUUACUAAUCAGAUGGGAAGCCUUCUAAACUCUCUGCUGCCACUCAUCAUCGGGGAACAAGGCAUGAAUUUAACCCUUCUCGCACCCAGUGAACAAGCCUACCUUGUCCUCAUCGACCAGAUCACCCAGUCCCUGAACCAGGUGCUAUUGGUGGCCAGCCAACCAGGCGGCUUGGAGAGUGAUCUCUUCAUUGGAGCCAUAUUGAAUGCAGCCAGGACUGUGCUGAGUAACUUGACUGCCAUGACUGGUCCCCUGCCUCCCUCAGUCAGUGACAACAUCAUGGGAGUACUUCACAGUUCACUCCUCCUGGCCCUAAGACCUGAGAUGGCCUAUGCCCAGGCCCGUAACCUCACCCUGGACAUCUUGUGGAGAGGAGAAGGACUCAUCCAGAACCUGAUCCCAAUGGCUGCUGAAUACCUCCUGCCUGGAAUCAAACUCAUGCGCACAUACUUUCAGAUCAUCUCCACAGCUGGUGGCCCAGACAAAUUGAAUGAGAUCAUUCUGGGUGAGCUGAGCACAGUUCAGAGUCUCUUGCCCCCUGACAACAGUACACAAGCCUAUAUGUCUGUGAUCAUGAGCAUCAGUCACUUCAUCUUGGACCCCAGCCAAGGCACUGCAACCCUUUGGCCGAGCUUUGAAAACAUGACUGUUGAAACCAUUGCUCAAAUUACUAACCAGAUGGAAAGUCUUCUGCAGUCUCUGGUUCCCCUCAUCCUUGAAGAACAAAGCAUGACUGCAACCAUCCCAUCCCUUGAGAUGUUUAAUGAUAUCAACACAAUCAUCGUAGACAUCCUCACUGGACAGGCCGACCAGCCCACCUGGGACAAGCUGCAAAGGAUCCUGGGGGAUCUGCUGUUGACCGUCAGAGGGUCCUCCUGCUGGGACUCUGUGCCCCCUGCUGUGUCUGUGAUGAGGGGUGUUGUGGGAGCUCUAGUUCAAAACUUGAAGGCUGAGACAGAUCUGAUAAUCAGCUUCCAGAUACCCCUAACUACUCUGAUAUCAGAGAUUGUGCAUUCUGUUAAUGCCAGUCAGCUGAACAUUGCUGAUGUUUUGGAGCAAAUGUCCCACGCCAUCCAGAACACUGUGGAAUCUACCAUACAGGACAAUGCGAGCAACGAGGCCUUGGAGUGCAGGAAUGUUCUGGAAGUUUGGGAUCAGGUUAGAGAGGCGGCUGGGCUCAGUACGGACACCCUGGAAAUGUGGUGUAACAUCAGCCUGCUGCCGGUUAUAAAGUCAUUCGAGGCAUCCAAUCAACUCUUUGCCACUCUGAAUAAUAAUAUGACUGGAAUGGCGAUGGCUGCAGGAUCAGUGAAUGGUACAGCUGCUGGGAUUGUGGCAGCUCUGCGGUCUCUUUACUGGGUCAACGCCAAUCUCACACGUGUCUCUGAGCAGCUGACCUCGGUCUUGUUGUAUCAUUUCACCCAGCUGGGAGAAGUAGUCGUGAGCCCUGCCACCCAGGCUCAGUGGAAUGCCAUGUUCCUCGGAAUGCAGCUAAGACAGAGUAUGGAGGGCAUCAGGUUGGCCCUAGAGCAGAUGGAGGCCCUGGACCCAAGCAUACAGCCCUAUACCAAACCCCUGGAGAUGGCCAUCAACUACACCAUGGAGAAUAGUCAUCUCCUGCAGAACACCACCUCAGCCCAGGACCUCAUCAUGCAGGUGUUGGAGAUUCUUCUGACAGGAACCAAUUUACCCUCUGACACUCUCAGCUCUAUCCUGAACAGUGGCUUGUUCUCUGGGCCAGAAAGUAACUCCAUCGAUGGUCUCAUAAAGGAUGUGGUUAAACAGGUCAUCCAAAUGCAAAUGCUGGGAGACGUUCCUAUGGUCUACGGGGUCAUGGAACAGUUGCUGGCAGCCAAGGACACCAGUCUGAUCCUGGAGAAGGUGCUUGAGUUCGGUGUCUGGUGGGGUUCGACCCAGGCCUCAGGGGUAGACCUGGUUAGCGAGACCCUGCCCCGGAUGUACGAGGUGGUAAAAGCCCUCCUGUCCACCUUAACCCAGAUGGGUGUCCCUCUACCUAUAGACUCCAACAUGUUUGUUGACCUGGCUGGGAACCUUUUGAUGAUGCUGAGACAGAUAGCCAGCUCCAGCAAUGUGCUUGGCCCCAUGGACCAAUACUUGAGCCAAAUUCAGGAUGAGAUGGGCGUCCGGACCCUAACCAGAAGGACCAGACGCCAGGCUAUGUGGGAGCCCAGGAGAGAACCCAUGGAUGACUUCAUAGACCUGUUCUACAUUGACUAUGCUUCUCUAUUCCGGGCCCUUUCCGUCCCCCCCACUUUUCCUGAGAUCAUGGAGACCAGCCACAUGUUCCUGGCCAACCCGGACCUGGCUGUGGUCGUGAAAGGGGUGACCUGGGACCUUACCAUGAAUUCCUCCCAAGACGAGGCCAUCGACACAGCUCUGGGUGUUCUCUCCCUCCUAACCCUUCCGACUCAGUGGAAGAUCUAUGAAAGCCUAUUUGUGGAACUGGGUAAAGAGAGCUGGAGUCUGGAGUCGCUGGCGAAUAUGGAUAAGCUGACUGUGGGUCUUGGAAGGAUAGUGGACGUAGCCAUGGUGCUCUCCCAGCAGCCGUCUGUCAACAUUGCCCAGAGGGUGGGACACAUUGUGGAACAGCUCAGUGACUCGAUUGCUCAAAUAGUCAGUGGACAGGGCCAGGGCCAGAACGUCGCGGUCAACUUCCUCUCUGCUGUCAACAACAUCUUGUCUGAGAACCUGAUGGAGGUCACAGAUGUUGCUCCUAAAGUCACUGCUAUCAUCAGUCACAUUCUCAACACGGUGACCAGGCCUGAAGCCCAGAUGACCCUGGCUCCCUACUUGCUGGCUUUAGAUCAGACCAUCGGCACCUUCUCCUCCUACCUUUCUGCUGAAGACCUUGUGUACUUCAACACCUCUGGGCAGAUGUUGAAAGGUCUAGCCCUGCUGGUGGCUUUCCCCAGGGAUCUGGAGAAGAUGGUGCAGGCUAGCCACAUCAUCUCCAACUCUCUGGACCACCUCCUGACUUUCAAGGGUGAGACCACCCUUCCAAACGGACAGUCAAUUCAGACAAUCACCCACCCUCUCAUCCUAAAUAGCGCCCUGGCUACACAAGUGCUAUGGAAUCUCACUGAUGCCAACCUCACAUUUAGCAAUGAUCAGGAAAAGGAGGCCAUGGUCAAAAAGACCUUCCGUGCCCUAGUAGCCCUACUACCUGAGGACCAGAGGAUAUACAUCUUGCCCCUAGAGCAACACCUCCUCUCCGCCCUCUCGGGAGUGUCCAACACGGCCCAGAUCCCCCCGGCCUUCCUGGGGAUCUCCAGCCAGGUCACCAUGUCUAUACUAGCUAUGCUCAACAUGACCCACACCCCUGUGUCCCAAGACAUUGGUAUACGGGACAUGGUUCAGGUCCUCUCUGUGGUGUCCCAGCAAGUGUCUAUGAGCCUGUGGCAGGGCCUAAUGACUCCCACUUCUGCCACCCACAUUCCCAGCGUGUUCAUGUCCCUGAACCAGGCAGUUCGCACACUGAUGCCUCUAUUACCGGCUGAGGGCCAAAAGUACCUCAAUGUCUCGCUUCACGUCCUGGAAAUAACUGCCACCAGUCUCAACUACUCUGCCGCCACCGGAGACAUAGAGGGCGCCAUGAAUGUCGUGGCCAGCUCCAUCCAGACCCUCCUGGCAUCCGUGUCAGCCCCAGGCCUAGAGAGCACAGGCAGCAUUGUAGGAGACCUUGAACACACCAUACGGAAGCUGCUGCUAGUGCUGCAGUCCGGCCAACAACCUCUGGCCCAGGCGGUUGACAUCACCCAGCUGCUCCUCCAGAGUGUUCACACCCUGCUGGGCCAAGCCAACGGCAGCAUGGAGGCCAACCUGGCGCAGGUGGUUCUUCAGGGAGUGAAUAUCAACACAGGGCACCUCCUGAUGAUCAACGACACCAACUGGACACACAAGUUGUCAAUAGUGCUGUUAGACAUAGCUGACAGGGUCCCUGAGGACCUCCCCUUUGCUCCUCUCAUCAAGAACAUCACCCGAGGCCUGGCCGCAGAAUCUCAUGAGAACCUGGCCCUCCUGCAGCGCGCCAUCCAGUCAGGCCAUUUACUCAUCAACACCACUUGGACAGAUGAAAAUUUCCGCAGGAUACUGAACCAAAUGUUGUCCACGGUGUGUGCCAUAGAGAAGACGGGCUCCAUUCAGCAGCUGCUGCAGAGUAUGUCUGUCAGUCAGGGGCUGCUGUGUGAGACGGUGCUGCCUGUCACCCAGGCCAUGUAUGAGCUCACCAAGAAUCUGGUCCAGGACAGCUCAAACCUGUAUGAUGCCCUCUUUGAAACUUUCAUCGGAGACCCCAUGACCUACGAUGUCCAGACUAACUGGACCUCCAUGUUCAGUGAUGCGUUUGGUCUGAACGUCAGCUCCGUGAUGGAACUCAACAUCAACAUGACUGGUCUAGGAGUGGCCAAAGUGUCUGAGAUCCUGAGGAACAAGACAGCGUUUCUUCUGGACAUCCAGACUCACACAGACAUCCCGAUACAGGCGGUAGAGCUGCUGAUUGACACCAAUCUGCCUAGCAGCAACCUCCAGAUCCUGUCCUGGCUGGUUAACAUGCGCUACUGCGACAACCCUGCCAGCCUGACCAUGAACCUCACAGACCAGGUCAUCUUCAGGAUGUUCUGCUCCCUGCCACCUGUUCAGUGGUACAACUUCAUUGUGCUGAUGGCCCGCCACAUCAACUUGGAAAGUGUUAUCUACAGGCUGGUCUUGUCCAGUGAUUUGCAGAGCGUGGUGGGGAUCAUGCUGCAGAUGGCCAAGUUUCUGAUAGACAUGAUGGGCAAGCUGCUUCCUUCCAUCAACCGCCUGCAGGACUACCUGCUCUCCAUCGGUGACCUCAACCUGGUGGCAAACCCAGAGUUCCGUGGUCUGGUGCUAGGAAAACAGUCUGUGAUGUCCAGCAAAGCCACAUUCACCACCGUGUCCAAGGCAGUCUGCAACCACGGCAUCAUGUCUCUGCUCGGCAUCUCCAAGCUGCCCCUCAUGGACGCGUCUGACCCCUCCACACAGCAGGACCACAAGAUCGAUGACCUGGUGGAGAAGUUCAAGAUCCCUCGCGAUGCCACUCCGUUCUGCAUGAGCCUCUACCUGGACAUGGUGAACACCACUGGGGGAGCCAUCGCCUGGGCCUUCCUCAAGCCUAUGCUACUAGGCCAGGUCCUCUACAGCCCUGACACACCCCUGACCAGAGCCAUCAUCCAGAAGUCCAAUGCCACUCUGCAGCAGUUUGCCAACCUAAAGAUGUACUCUGAAGACUGGCUGCAAUCCUCCUCCUUCAUCAUGCAGUCAGCCAAGAUACUGACCCAAACUCUGCCAAUGCUUCAGAAUUCCCUCAGCAUCCCCUUUGUUAAGGCUUUCAUCGAGAGUCAGACUAACAUCAAUGUGGGCAACAUGAAGGAUACGCUCAGCAGUUUCUCCAACAUGACCACCUUGUUGGAGAGGAACAAACCCAUCGUCCAGCAGAUCACAACGCUCUCCUCCCUCAUGAAGAACCUCUCCUCCUGUAUUAACUUUGACCGCUACCGAGCCUACAACUCAUCCAAGGAUCUGAACACCGUGGCGGAGAAACUGGCCAAAACACGAGACCUCUAUGCCAGUGUCAUUUUCAAGCUGCCCAAGGAUGGUGCCUCUUCCAGGAAGCGCCGGGACACCUCAGGCCAAAUCCUACCUCCCAAAGUGGGCUACACCAUCCGCAUGCACAUCGACAACUCCAUGCGUACCGACCGCACGCGGACCCCCUUCUGGAUCCGGAGCGCGCAAAUCUGGCCCCAGGCGCUGCGCUACACCCGCGGCUUCGUCUACCUGCAGGAGACCAUCGAGAGGGCCAUCAUAGAGACCCAUACGGGCCGGGAAAUCGCCGAACCAGCGGUCCAAGUCCAGGCCUUCCCCUACCCCUGCUACUACAGGGAUGAGUACCUGGAGAGCCUGGCAUUUGCGUUGCCAUUGGUAUUGAUGCUCUCCUGGGUGCUGUUCAUCGCCGACUUUGUCAAGAAGCUGGUUCACGAGAGAGAGCUCCGACUACAUGAGUACAUGAAAAUGAUGGGCGUAAGUCCCAUGAGCCACUUCUUCGCCUGGUUCCUGGAGAGCGCCACCUUCCUGCUGAUCACCAUCUCCAUCCUCACCAUCAUCCUGAAGGCGGGCCACGUGUUGCCCAAGAGCGACGGCCUCCUGAUCUUCCUCUACCUGUGCGACUACGGCCUCAGCAUCAUCGCCAUGAGCUUCCUCAUCAGCUCCUUCUUCGACAAGACCAACAUCGCUGGCCUGAGUGGCAGUCUGAUCUACAUCAUCUGUUUCUUCCCCUACAUCGUGGUCAUGUCCAUGGAGUCCUCACUCACCGCCGCUGGCAAGAACGCCCUGAGUUUGUUUGCCCCCACGUGUUUCAGCUACGCCAGUCAAUACAUCACUCGCUACGAGAACCAGGAACAAGGAAUUCAGUGGAGCAAUUCGUACAUGUCCCCGAUGCCUGGAGACUCAGCGUCGUUCGGCUGGAUGUGCUGGCUCCUGCUCAUCGACUCGGCCCUCUACUUCCUGAUAGGAGCAUACAUCCGCACGGUUUUCCCAGGAAAGUAUGGCAUAGCGGCACCGUGGUACUUCCCCGUGUUGCCCUCCUUCUGGGCAGACGUGCUCUGCUGCUGGGGCAGGAGACCCGACAGCACAGGCAAGGGUCUGCUGUUCACCAACAUCAUGCAGAGGAACCAGCCCGUCUUCUCCACUGACAAAGAUGAAGGGAAGAGCGGUCUGUCCCACCAUGUGGACGAGGAGUUCUCCGACCUGCCCGUGGGUGUCGCUCUACACGGACUGACCAAGAUCUACGGCCAGCAGGCCGCCAUCCAGAACCUCAACCUUUCCUUCUACGAGGGCCAUGCCACUGCUCUGCUCGGACACAACGGCGCUGGCAAGACCACUACUAUGUCUCUUCUCACAGGCCUCUUUGCACCAUCCUCCGGCACCAUCGAGGUGUACGGCCGGGACAUGCAGAGCAACAUUGACCAGGUCCGCAAGGAGCUGGGGGUCUGCAUGCAGUACGACGUCCACUUUGACCACCUGACCACCAAGGAGCACCUGCUGCUCUAUGGGCAGAUAAAGGCCCCCCACUGGUCACAAAAGGAACUACAGGAGCAAGUGCACAAAACCUUGCAGGAGACCGGCAUGUAUGCCCACAGGCACAAGCGGGUGGGCACCCUGUCUGGGGGAAUGAAGAGGAAGCUGUCCAUCUCCAUCGCCUUCAUCGGCGGCUCGCGCCUGGUGGUCCUGGACGAGCCCACCACCGGGGUGGACCCCUGCUCCAGACGCAGCAUCUGGGACAUUGUCAUCCAGCACAAGAAGGACCGUACCAUCAUCCUGUCCACUCAUCACCUGGACGAGGCGGAGGUGCUGAGUGACCGGAUCGCCUUCCUGGAGAGAGGUGGCCUCAAAUGCUGCGGCUCGCCGUUCUACCUGAAGGACAAGCUGGCGCAAGGAUACAACCUCACCCUCACCAAGAAGGUCCAGGAGCCGGGCUCCAAGGUGCAGUUCAACAGUGCAGAGGUGAGGACCUUCAUCCAGCAGCACGUGCCCGAGGCCAGACUGAAGGAAGGCGAGGUAGGGGACGUGGUGUACUCCCUGCCCCCCUUCACCUCCGACACCGCCUCCGCCUACCGCUCCCUCCUCUCCGCGCUGGACGCCAAUCUGGACAGCCUGCAGCUGGGCUGCUACGGCAUCUCCGACACGACCUUGGAGGAGGUGUUCCUCCAGCUGACCAGGGAUAACCUGGAGCCUGAGGACGACCAGCUCCGGUCUGUGUCUGAAUCUGUCCCAGAGGCGUCGCCCUCCGUCGACAGCCUACCAGAGGACCUCAGUGACAGCGGCUCCAGCUUCGGGGACAAAGCCGGUCUGACCGGCUCAUCCACAGUGCACGGCCUGGCCUUGGUCUGGCAGCAGAUCUUGGCCAUGCUGAUGAAGAGGAUCCACCAUUCUCGCCGGGACUGGAAGGGCUUGAUCUCCCAGGUGGUCCUGCCUGUCAUCUUCGUCAUGUUAGCCAUGGGCCUGGGCUCCAUCAGGAGCGACCUGCAGCACUUCCCCGAGAUGGAGCUGUCCCCCGUCCUGUACAACGUCGGACCUCAGUACACCUUCUUCAGUAACCAGAACUCAGACUCCAGCAAACUGGUGGACACCAUGAUGGCCUAUCCUGGGAUUGAUAAUGGCUGCCUGGGCAGCCCUGAUAACCCGGUGUGCAGCAGAAACGCACAGCCAGACACCUGGGAGACCAAGGGGAAUAGCUCGGACGUGUUUGAACCCUGCAAAUGUGGCCAUCAGGAACAGGUGUGUCCGAACCACCAGUACCAGCCUCCUCAUAAGAAGUUGCCCUCCUCCCAGAUUGCUUACAACCUGACUGGUCUCAAUGUAGAAAGCUAUCUCCUCUCCACAGCUAACAACUUCAUCAGGGACAGGUAUGGAGGCUGGUCGUUUGGGCAGCCACUCCCUACAAGUCUGCAGAUGGACCUAUUGGAAGUGCCCAAAAACAGAACCCUCUCCAAGGUCUGGUACAACCCUGAAGGUCACCACACCAUUCCGGCAUACCUAAACAGUCUGAACAACUUUAUUCUACGCUCCAGCCUUCCUGCUGCCAAGGACCCACAGCAAUAUGGUAUCUCUGUGUUCUCCCAUCCCUAUCCUGGUAAAGUGGACGAAGAAGAUACCAUGAUUCGAGGCAUGGUCCACAUCUUGCUGGCUCUUUGUAUGCUGACGGGCUUCUCGAUUGUGACAGCCAGCUUUGUCAUCUACGAGGUACAGGAACACCAUACUGGCUCAAAAGGACUCCAGCACAUCGCUGGCAUUGGGGAACCCUUCUACUGGACCAUCAACUUCCUCUAUGACAUGACCCUGUACAUGGUCCCAGUGACCCUCUCCCUGGCUGUCAUGGCAGCCUUUGGCCUCCCAGCCUUCACAGAACAGCAGAACCUGGGGGCUGUCACCAUCCUCUUGGUCCUAUUCGGCUUCGCCACCUUCCCCUGGAUGUAUCUCUUGUCGAGCGUGUUCAAGGAUCCAGAGAUGGCCUUCAUCAGCUACGUGUCCAUCAACCUCCUCAUAAGCAUCAACACCAUCAUCUCCACAUCCAUCGUUUACUUCCUGGGAGAACUCAAUAAGAACGACGAGAACAUCCAGCAGGUCUACAGGACCAUGAGCUACGUGUUCCUGAUCUUCCCCCAGUUCAGCUUCGGAAAUGGGCUGAUGGAGCUGGCCCGCAUUGACAUGCAGGUGCAGGUCCUCAAUGCGUUUGGAAUCGACGCCUACAAGAGCCCCUAUGCCAUGGACACCAUAGGCCCCAUGUUCAUCUCCUUGUUCCUACAAGGCAUCACAUUCUUUUCUCUGCGGCUGCUGCUCAACAAGUGGCUCAUUCGUCGAGUCAGGCUUCUGAUCUGCCGCAGGAAGACGGUGCAACCCGCGGGUACUGAGGACGAGGAUGAGGACGUGCAGGCGGAGUACCGGCGUGUGACCAGCGGGUCGGCCCGCUCAGACCUGCUGCAGGUCAACCAGCUGAGCAAGGUCUACCAGCACCUCAGCAAGAAGGUCCAUGCUGUCAAGAGACUGUCUGUAGGCAUCCCAGCUGGGGAGUGCUUUGGCCUGCUGGGGGUGAACGGAGCAGGGAAGACCACAACCUUCAAGAUGCUGACUGGGGACGUCAGCCCCACUGAUGGCACAGCACAAAUCAAGGACUGGGAUGGGAGAAUGGUAGACAUCAUUGACUGCCGUAAUGAGGGUAUAAACAUUGGCUACUGUCCCCAAGUGGACGCCCUGGAUGACUUGUUGACUGGAGAGGAGCAUCUGUACUUCUAUGCCCGCAUACGAGGAAUCUCCAAGAGGGAGAUCGACCGGGUGGUAAACCACCUGCUUCAGAAGCUUGAGCUGAACUACCACAGGCGAAAGAUCACUGAUAGCUACAGCUGUGGAACCCGCAGGAAGCUCUCCACAGCCCUGGCCCUGAUUGGACACCCUCAGAUCCUUCUGCUGGAUGAGCCUAGUUCGGGAAUGGACCCUCGCUCCAAACGCCACUUGUGGAAGAUCAUCUCCGAGGAGGUGAAGGGAAAGUGUGCUGUGGUUCUCACCUCUCACAGCAUGGAGGAGUGUGAAGCUCUGUGCACCCGUCUAGCCAUCAUGGUGAAGGGUCAGUUCAGGUGUCUGGGCUCCCUGCAGCACAUUAAGAACCGGUUUGGUAGCGGAUUCACAGUCAAGAUGUACCUGAAAAUGUAUUUGUGCAAUGUGGAGGUUCUCACCAACUUCAUGCAGCAGCAUUUCCCAAACACAUACCUCAAGGACCAGCACUCCAACAUGGUGGAGUACCACGUUCCCAUAGCACCUGGAGGUGUUGCGGACAUCUUUGACCAGCUGGAGUCCAACAAGGCCACACUGCAGAUCAAGCACUUUUCUGUCAGCCAGACCACGUUGGAUGAGGUAUUUAUUAACUUUGCCAUGGGGAAGGUUGGCAUGGAGACAAUCCCAUUAGACAACGAGGGUUCAGAAGAUUCCAGCAGCCUUGACUCCAUUGAGGCUGUAGACACAUAGGGAUUACAGUCAUUUUGUCUCCAAUGCACUGGAAUGCAAUGUCUGUUGACACAUUCUAUGAAAACUGCUGUACGUGAACCGAUAAUCAUCUCUGUAGGAGCUUAACGUAAAUAUAUGUCACCUUGAUAAAAUUACUUAAUCACUUUCUACUUUGUCUUUGAUGUAAUUUCUAUAUAUUUAAGUUUUAUGUCCUGAUAAAGAAUAAUUAAAUAAUAAAAAAUCAUGAUGUUGGUGCAUGACAGUGGCUGGACCCAUGUGCAAUUGUGCAGUAAUCUAUUUACUUUAUCCAAAAAUAGAAAUAAGGGUUUCUCAAAUGAAGGAUCUUGUACUGUAAUAUUAUUGGAAAUCUAUAUAUUUAUGGUGGAGGUGCAAAAGCAGAUCAAAAUUAUCAGCUUUUUACUCAUAUUCAAAUACACAUUAUGACCUGUGUGUCAUACUGUGGUAUAACUCACAUACAGAAAACACAAAAAUGUUUUCACAAUUACUAAAAAAAACGCCCAUUUACCCUCUCAUGAAAAUUUCCUCAGAGGGCAUAUUCUCACUGUAAGAAUGUGCUGAAUAUUUUAUAGACACUUUCCCUCUAUGGCUUAAGGCACAUUUCCACAUGGACUUGAAUCUACUGAACUCAUUUUUAUACAUUUAAUAAAGCUAUUAUUUCAAAUGCAA